CUUUAUUUGGCGCUUCCGGAGACUGCCGGGGUGCUGCUGCUUCUCCGGCCUCCCCCGGCUUGGCUUUUGUGAGUGACACCCGCUCGCACGGAGGAGGAGGAGGAGGAGGAGGAGGAGGGAAGGGGGGGAGCGGCUCCGGAUUUUCGCGUGCGGCGAGCAGGAGGAAGCGAGCGCGCCCCGGGCGCAUCCGAAGCAGGUUUUCAGAAUGGCGGAGACGCAGGGUUUGAUGGAGAGGCUGGAAAGCGCUGUAGUUAAGCUUGAGUCGUUGUUGUCGAAUGCACACAAGGUUGCUGGAAUGGAAUGUGGAAGUGUCAAUGGAGUUGAUGGAGGUGUAGCACCUUACGUUGAAGCUUUUGACAGAAUCCUGAAUGGCAGCGUAGCUGAUUUUCUACGGAACAGUAAGAUCCUUGAUGGGGAUGUGAAGAUACAUGCAGAAAUGGUCCGUGCAGCUUUUCAAGCACAAAGAGCAUUUCUCUUGCUAACGUCACAAUAUCAGGAACCUCAGGAGAGUGAAGUGGCCAUUCUUCUAAAACCAUCAUCGGAUAAGAUCCUGGAAAUUCAGACGUUCCGAGAGAGAAACCGAGGAAGUAAAAUGUUUAAUCAUCUGUCGGCUGUCAGCGAAAGCGUACCCGCUCUCGGAUGGGUAGCAGUGGCUCCUAAACCCGGGCCGUAUGUCAAGGAGAUGAAUGACGCUGCUACCUUUUAUACUAACAGGGUGUUAAAAGACUACAAACAUAGUGACUUGCGUCAUGUUGAUUGGGUGAAGUCAUACUUGAAUAUCUGGGCAGAUCUUCAAGGAUACAUCAAAGAAUAUCACACUACUGGGCUUACCUGGAGUAGUACUGGCCCAAUCGCCUCAGCUGCAUCUCUGCUAUCUACGCUAACAAGCGGCCAGAGUCCUCCUCCACUGCCACCACCUCCUCCCCCUCCUCCUCCACCACCACCACCAGGACCUCCUCCUGUCUUUGACACUGAAAAUGCAAAAGAUGAUGCCACCACGACUCGCUCAGCCUUAUUUGCCCAGCUGAACCAAGGAGAAGCAAUUACCAAAGGACUUCGCCAUGUCUCUGAUGACCAGAAGACCCAUAAGAAUCCCAGUCUUCGUGCCCAAGGAACAUCGGUUCGCUCUCCUACAAGAAACCAUACUUCAACUCCAACUACUCCCAAGACACCUCCCCAACAGAGCUACUAUCCUGUGCUAGAACUUGAAGGAAAGAAGUGGAGAGUGGAAUACCAGGAGGACAAGAAUGACCUUUUAAUUACUGACACUGAACUCAAGCAAGUUGCUUACAUUUUCAAAUGCAACAAAUCUACAUUACAGAUGAAAGGAAAAAUCAAUUCCAUUACAAUCGACAACUGCAAAAAGUUUGGCCUUGUGUUCGACAAUGUUGUGGGUAUUGUUGAAGUGAUCAAUUCCAAGGAUAUUCAGAUACAGGUACUAGGGAAGGUCCCAACCAUUUCCAUUAAUAAGACUGAAGGCUGCCAUAUAUACCUCAGUGAAGAAUCGCUAGACUGCGAGAUUGUGAGUGCUAAAUCUUCUGAAAUGAACAUCCUUAUCCCCCAAGAUGGUGAUUAUAAAGAAUUUCCUGUUCCUGAACAGUUCAAGACAUCAUGGGAUGGAUCCAAGUUGGUCACUGAUCCUACAGAGAUUGUGGGUUAACUUGCUGGUGCCAACUAGAAACCAUUGGCCACAGUCUCCAAAGAAAUUCAGCCUAAAGAAAACAACAGCAUGAAGAACUUGAAGUAGCACUAGUUUGUACUACAAUUGUAGGCCUUCAAUAGGCUACUUUUGUGCCCUAGAAACCAUAGGCUGCGUAACAUACACUGUUCCCCCCCUACCAAUAUACACAGUCAUGUUUGAGAAUGGCAUUAAUGUUUAUUUUGUCAUGGUUACAGGUGUGUGGAAGUUACUCCAUGCAGCCCGGUACAAUUUUUUUGUAGGCAUCCUGAUAAUUCUUAAACCACCCAGAGUUUUCCUUUGUUUGCAAAUAGGUUUUACAUGAUGUUAUGUGAUGUUACAGAUUUUUACAAUUACUCCAUUCAGGUUAUUGGCUGUUUCGCUGCAUACAAAAAGCCAAAAGUCUGCAUGAUACACUUUUGUCACAUGUUUCAUUGCAUUCCUUUUUAUGCUUCAGCUGGUCAAAAAAAAUUCUUAAUAUGGUGAGAUGUUAAUUUUAGGUUUGAAAUCAUUCAUGUAUUAUAUAGUGAAGCUGGACCCCAAAAAGUCUGUAGUUCUUCGUGCUUUUAAAGAAAAGAGCAAAAAACAGAAAGAAGCAACUCUAAGCAAUACAGUUUGCUAAUGGAAAAUAAAAACUAGAUGUUGUAAUCACGGGUCUUUCUUAAUCCAUCCCUUUUUCCAGCUAGGCGAGUUUUUGUUUUUGAUCCCUUUUGUUUGCUUCAUUAGUUCAAAAAAUAUGUCUAGAAAACAUUAUUUUUUUAAAAAACCCACUUUAUUUUAAUAGGUAUUUCACUUUCUGCUGAUCCUUAUAAAAUUUCCUUACUCUUGAGCCAUGUCUUUCUCAAACAGUAAUUGAUAACCUAACCAAAACAACUGAGUAUUGGUUAUUUAACCUGGCACUUACUAAAUAUGAAACUUUUU